UUGCAGAUGCCACACAUGAUGCAACUGACUGUGAAAAAUAACUCUUCAGUGUCUGAGUUCAUUCUUAUGGGACUGACAGACCAACCUGAGCUCCAGCUUCCCUUAUUUGUUCUUUUCUUGGUGAAUUACACAGCCACUGUGAUGGGAAACUUGAGUUUAAUGAAUCUCAUUUGCCUAAACUCAAACCUUCACACUCCUAUGUACUUUUUUAUCUUCAAUCUCUCCUUCAUUGAUUUCUGUUAUUCACUUGUUUUUACACCCAAAAUGCUGAUGAGUUUUCUUUUAGAGAAGAAUACUAUCUCCUUCAGAGGAUGCAUGACUCAACUGUUUUUCUUCCUAUUUUUUGUGAACUCAGAGAGCUAUGUGCUGACAGCCAUGGCAUAUGAUCGCUAUGUGGCCAUCUGCCAGCCACUAUUGUACAAUGUAGUUAUGUCCCCUAAGAUCUGUUGCCUGUUAAUAUUUGGUACUUACAUGAUGGGACUUGUUAGUGCUUUGUUCCACACAGGUUUCAUGAUCAGGCUCAGGUUUUGUGAUUCUAACAUUAUCAACCAUUACAUGUGUGACAUCUUCCCUCUGCUUCAGCUCUCCUGCAGUAACACCUAUGUCAAUGAGCAUGUGCAUUCCAUUGUGGUGGGUACAGCUAUCAUUUUAUGUUGCCUCAUUAUCUUUAUCUCAUAUGCUAUGAUCCUUUUCAAUGUCAUUCAUAUGUCAUCAGGUAAGGGCUGGUCGAAAGCCUUGGCCACUUGUGGGUCUCACAUCAUAACUGUUUGUCUCUUUUACGUAACUGGGCUGCUUGCUUAUGUCAAGCCAUCAUCUGCUGAGACUGUGGGCCAGGGAAAAAUUUUCUCAGUAUUUUAUACUUUUUUGGUGCCCAUGUUGAAUCCUCUCAUUUACAGUCUCAGAAACAAGGAUGUCAAACUUGCUGUGAAAAAAACCUGGAAGAGGCUCACAAGCUAA